GCUGCAUUCACCAAUGAAGAAGGAGGCUACUGCGGAUAUUACGGCAGCUAGUGGCAAUUUUGUCAACACGCAACGUGUAUUUUGUUCCCCGAUUUUCUUGGAAAACACGCAGGAUUUGUGCAGAGGACGAUCGGACAUUCUCGGUUUAAGAUAAAUAUCUUUAUUUCAUUGCUGUGCCGGUAGUAAUCCGAAGUGUGUAGCGCCGAUUUGCGAGCGAGCCUCUGCCUAGUUGUUAAGUUCUCAAGAAGACAGGAGGCUAAGAGAUGUGCAGGAAAAAGGUAAAGUGAGAGCCACAGAGGUAUUCAUUAAAGGCAGCGUGGUGCCGGCUCAGCUCGGCUCGGGCUUACGGCUGCGCUAGGAGGCCCUGCGUGUCCCAGUUGUCAUGGCGUGGGCUCUGAAGUUACCGCUGGCCGAUGAAGUGAUCGAGUCAGGUCUGGUCCAGGACUUUGAUGCGAGUCUGUCUGGGAUCGGACAAGAGCUUGGAGCCGGAGCCUACAGCAUGAGUGAUGUGCUGGCCCUCCCCAUCUUCAAGCAAGAGGAGUCCAAUCUGCCCCCUGACAGCGAAAACAAGAUUCUUCCUUUCCAGUAUGUGCUGUGUGCUGCCACCUCUCCUGCAGUUAAGCUGCACGAUGAGACUCUCACCUACCUCAACCAAGGACAGUCUUAUGAAAUUCGAAUGCUCGACAACAGGAAAAUGGGAGAACUACCUGAAAUUACUGGGAAGAUGGUGAAGAGCAUCAUACGGGUGGUGUUCCAUGACCGACGUCUGCAGUACACCGAACACCAGCAGCUGGAAGGGUGGCGCUGGAAUCGUCCUGGCGAUCGCAUCCUGGACCUGGAUAUCCCCAUGUCCGUUGGUGUGAUUGACCCCAGAGCUAACCCCACACAGCUCAACACUGUGGAGUUCCUGUGGGAUCCCUCAAAAAGGACCUCAGUCUUUAUUCAGGUGCACUGCAUCAGCACAGAGUUCACCAUGCGCAAGCACGGCGGCGAGAAGGGCGUGCCGUUCCGCAUCCAGAUCGACACCUUCAAGGAGAACGAGAGCGGGGAGUACACGGAGCACCUGCACUCUGCCAGCUGCCAGGUCAAAGUCUUCAAGCCCAAAGGUGCAGAUCGAAAACAGAAGACCGAUCGUGAGAAGAUGGAGAAGCGAGCACCGCAGGAGAAGGAGAAAUACCAGCCAUCUUAUGAGACCACCAUCCUGACUGAGUGCUCUCCUUGGCCAGAAGUCACCUACGUCAACAACUCCCCGUCUCCUGGCUUCAACAGCAGCCACAACAGUUUCCCAGUAGCAGAAAGUAACGGUUCUCCGAAACACCAGCCGGAGCCUGUGGUGCAGGUGGCGGAUUUGUCCUGCCAUCUACUUAGAAGAGACAGUGAGAGCUCUCAGAACCUGUCACCUACGGCAACGCCUCAGGACGCACAGCAGUGGCUCCAUAGAAACCGCUUCUCGCCGUUCUGCCGGGUCUUCACAAAUUUCUCUGGGGCGGACCUCCUGAAGCUUACAAGGGAAGAUGUCAUUCAGAUUUGCGGCCCCGCAGACGGCAUUCGACUCUUCAAUGCACUGAAAGGGCGGGUUCUGCGUCCACGGCUGACCGUCUACGUCUGCCAGGAGUCGCAGCAGGUGCGGGAGCAGCAGCAGCAGCAGAAGCAGGAGAACGGAGAGGCGACUGGCAGCACCUUCUACGUGUACCAUGCCAUUUACCUGGAGGACCUGACGGCAGUGGAGCUGACUGAGAAGAUCGCCCAGCUCUUCAGCAUCUCCCCGCAGCAGAUCAGCCAGAUCUUCAAACUGGGUCCCACUGGUAUCCACGUCCUUGUGAGCGAUGAGAUGAUUCAGAACUUCCAGGAUGAGACAUGCUUCAUCCUGGACACGAUGAAAGCGGAGACUAAUGAUGGCUAUCACAUCAUCCUGAAGUGAGGAGACGCCAGCGGGCAAUAGAAGGAAAAAGUUACGAAUGGACUUUGGGGGUGGGGUGGG